GCUUAAGAAUCCGAAUUAUCCAAACGAAGAAUUAAAAUCUGCAGGCCCCAAAAACCUUCUAUCAGAUUAUUUAAUGUCCAAAUCCGAUUACGGAAAUCACGAAUAUAUGAGUUUCCAAAAUUAUUCAAGUGCUGACUUCAUCAAUGGCCAACGCCCAAACCCUCCUGUGGUAAGAGGCCGACCCAGAGUAAACCCUCCGUCUGCUGCACAGAUUCCCACUGACGUACCUGUUCCAUCCUCUCAACCUGUACCUACCCCUUCUUCUGUACCUGCACCAUCUUCCGAAGAUGUUCCUUCUGCUGGUCCUGUUCCUUCUGCUGGUCCUGUUCCUUCUGCUGGUCCUGUUCCUGCUACCGAGCAAGCUCCUCCUCCUGCUGCUGAGCCAGUUUCUGCUGCCGAUUCCGUACCAGAGCCUAACACCAACCUUAACUGGGAUUCACCAAGCACACAU